AUGUCUCUAGUCCCAGGCCUUCCAAUUAAAUGCGCUGAGAACAUAGCUAUCACUUCGCUAUUUCACAAUAUUCCCCUUCCACCGUCUUCGAAUUUUCUCGACCGCUUAUCAGAAGAUCAAUAUUCCUUUUCUUUCGAUCAGGAGCGCAGGGUAGCGGGUACCCUCGCUUUCCUUGCUCAUAUUCGAGGAAAUGCCGAUUAUAUCCCCGCCGUAUGUAUUGAGGAAGAUCCAGCAAAGGGCUCUCUAAACGUGAUACUUGCUAUCAACAAAACUAAGUUUUCUGAUGGAGACGAUGUGUUACGUUGUGCUCAACAGGGUUUUGAUGAGGUCUUCACGCUCCUUGCACGAGUAUCUACUGAUAAUGCCAUUAUCAUCAAAAAUCGGAUUUUCUAUGUUAUAGUUUCGAUGUGUUCACCUCGCAUCCUUUCUCGAUUACGGUUGGCGCCUUCCGGCCGGCAAAAAAUGAAAAGGUCUUUCAAGGAUACUCUUCAGGAGCUUACUAUAGCUCUAACUCAAGUCAACCAGCGCAAACUGGCUGAUAGAAAUCUUUCGGAAGUCGUCAAUUUGUUAAUAGACAGGGUUAAGGAGGCGAGAAAGCAAGUUGGCUCAUGGUUUCGACAUCAAGUGACUGAACGACUGUUAGAACUCGUGGAGAGUAUUUAUCGGAUUAAACAGAUCAAGCUUCUUCAGUCCAUUAUCGGCAUGAUACCAAAUAUCUAUAUGAGCCCUACCGCCAGACAAAGCUUUCUCAACAUCGUCAAUAAAACAUCGAGAUACUGGGAGGCUGCUCGGUUCUUGUACCGUACGGCCAAGAAGGUUCCCUUAGCUCGGAAGAUGCGGACAGUGCCUGUCCACCUGCCAAAAGAAGCGUUUAAAAUUCCAUCUACGAACACAUACACCCCAGAUCUGGUCAAAAAAGUCACCGAGGCCAGCCCAAAAGGAAGACAACAAAAGCUUCUAAAAGAGAUAUGUCGCAAUCUCGGCUUGAGUGAGCAGGAGGCCAAAGACAAAUUCUCCCGGCAGGUAAAAAAUACCUUAACAAAAGCGAAAAUUCAUGCCGAGGUCCAGAUUAUCGCUUAUUGCGAGUCCCGUUCGCAAUUGGUUCUUCCACGAGUAAUAUGCUCCAGCAAAGACGCUUGCUUUCUCUGCAACUUGUUCAUCAAAGUGUACGGAAAAACAAAUACUCCUCGUUCUCAUGGAAGACUUUAUCCCGGAUGGCGGUUGCCUUGUUUGCCACAGAUUGAAGAAGUUGAACGAAGGUUCUGCCAAUCGUUACAGAAAAACUUUCUUGACACUUGCACUUCAGUUCUAUCUGGAAAACGGCAAAUGCUCCAUCCGGAACCUAUUGAAAGUACACUUUUCACCCUCCCUGCAUCUGAUUCAACUCUCUUAGCCAUCACAUCACUAGGAGGAAGUGAUUUGAAAGAUGUCGGACUGACACCGCAUGAGACUACAUCCUUUCGUCCAGAACAGGACCGGGCCCCUGACUCGGGAACGAGUAAAGUUAGCAACCAUGACUGUCAGGUCGUGGAAUCAGUCGACAAAUCAAGUUCCGGAGUCUUCGGGAAUAUCAGCCCCAGCGAGAUGUCCAAACUAUAUUCUGCCGGCCCUUUGGAGAUCAUCAUUGAGGGACUCGCAGGUUCUAGGAGUGUUUCUUAUCAUAUUGAAUGGCUUGGCGAAGAAGAGACAAGCAAGACAAGAGAAGUGGGUUUCCUUGUCGACAUUGAGGAUAUUGACGAGAUCACCCUUGACGGAUACAAUCCAUUAUACGUGACCAUCAGAGGCGCAAUUUUAAGACUAAGUUGGACCAGCGAGAGGCGCUAAUAUGUCGAAAUAGUGAUUACAGUGAUAAUGCUCCAUACGCUGACCCCUCGCCAUAAGUGAGAACAUUGGAUUGAAGUACAAUCUUGCUACAUUAUCAUCAUCCUAUGGAAAGAGAUCUAGCUACUUAUAGUUGUAGUAGCUACUGCCUAGCGGAGGAAUGGCGCGAAGGACGGGUGCGUAAGCAAGGCGGAAUAACAGGCGAAUAACAAGAAGAGUGC